GAACUUCAGAAAUUUCAUCUUUGAAGAGAUCAAAGCCAACCAGACUCCAGCACCAUGGCUUGCUGUGUUGCCCGCUGCUGCAGUGUCCCCACCGGCCCUGCCACCACCAUCUGCUCCUCAGACAAGUCCUGCCGCUGUGGAGUCUGCCUGCCCAGCACCUGCCCACACACCAUUUGGCAGCUGGAGCCCACCUGCUGUGACAACUGCCCCCCACCCUGCCACAUCCCUCAGCCCUGUGUGCCCACCUGCUUCCUGCUCAACUCCUGCCACCCAACCCCAGACCUGCUGACUGUCAACCUCACCACCUAUGUGCAGCCAGGCUGUGAGGAGCCCUGUGUCCCAAGGUGCUGCUGACCUGUGGCUCCCUUGCUUGGCACCAGUCUUCGAAAGAGUCAACCCGGGAGCUCUAGGCUUACCUGGCAGAACCUGCAAUUAGCUUAUUCUGAUUUAGAAGUUGGAGUUGAGUGAUAUUGUCAUGACAAUGGCCUCUCCCACCUCAACAAAAAGAAACCAGAGUCUUUGGUAAUGCAACAUUUACCGACCGUGUGCAGUUCGGACUAUUGAUGCUUCAAGAUGUCUGAAGGCGUUGACUCCUUCAUCUUAAUGUGUGCCUUUCUUUGGGUGUUUGGGGUUUCUGUUUUCAGUCUUGGGGGGUAUUUUUCUGCAAAUCGAGGAAUUUUCUCAUGAUCUUCCUAAUAAAUUUUGUGUCUGUGCCAUAGCACAAAUGUCUAU